AUGGAAAACUCCAGAUGCUUUUUUGACUCUUUUGAUGCAUUUUACCUAUGCAGUUGCGGGCUUUAUUUAUGCAUAAAGCAUUAUUUUUCUCAUAAAAAAGAAUUUCAAGACCACAAUAUAGAGCGUAUUAAGAUCCCUAUAAACAAUGAGUCAAGGAAAAUCCUUACUCCCCCCCCCCCCUCCGUGAGCGAACAAAAAAAUUUUGUUCGCUCACGGAGGGGGGUUAAUUUUUUUUUUUAAAAAAAAUUUAUAUAUAAAUUUUAUAAAAAAUAUUUUUUUCGAAAUUUAAAAAAAUCCUAAUUUGCAAAAAUGGGAAGCAAAUAUUUAAUUUAAUUUGCAAAAUUUAUGUUUUAAAACGCAAUUUGUUUAAAAUUAAACAGAAUUUAGCUCUAGAUUUCAUUAUACUAAUUAUCAUUUAUAUAUCAAAAUUUUUUUCCAUUAAAAAUUUUUUCUAUUAAAAAAAUUUUUGUUCACUCACGGAGGGUGGGUUUUUUGGUCAAAAAAUGGCGAUUUUUCUAAUGGUUUUGUUCGCUCACGGAGGGGGGGGGGGAGUUAUAAAUUUGUUUCUGACUAUAAAGCAAAAUUUCGCUAAUUAUACCAAUCAAUGAUUUAAAUUAUCACAUAAAAAAGGAAAUGCAGAAAACUAUGAAAAAUUUUUAAUAUUUUUUAACUGGAUUUAUCAAGAGUGCAGUAGACUCAUUUUAAUUCUUAUGAAAAAGAGAUUCAUUUCAAAGCAGCUUUUUUAUUAUCCUCCAAUAAAGUAUUUUUUAAUUAAUCCACCUUGUAUAGCAGCGCAGUAUGCUGAAAUUUUAAAAUUUCCUGAAGCUAUACCAAAAUAUCUAUCUGACUUUUAUCAUUCAAAUAUUCAUAAUCUUCUCUUUAAAUUCAAUUAUUUCAAAUUUGAAAAUCAAAAAUACAUAAGUUACUGAAGCUACGAUGAUUUAGGGCUCAAAAAUGAUUUUCAUAGUUUACUCUUAAUGGUAUUUUUAGAUUACAUUUUAAAGUCUGAAUAUGAAAUGGCCUAUGAAAUAAUUCAGAAUAUACUCAAUAUUCAAGAAUUUUAUAAAACGAAUCAUUUAUUUAUUAGUUUUUGAGAAUCCAUAUCAAGCAUCAUCGGUAAAUUAAUAGAGCAAAAAUCUUAUCCUGGCCUGCAAGAAAAAUUUUUUGAUCUAGAAAUUAAUAUUUCUCAUUCAAAUAGCUGAGUUUUAGGAUUUUAUUCAAUAUUUUCAAAUUUAUUUCAAAGCAUGAAAUAUUAUAGCCUUGCUUAUUAUUGUCUUGAGAAACUUGAAGUGUAUUUUUUGAAUUUGAACUUAAUGUCGAAAGUAAUUGAUCUAAUAUUGAUUUAG